AUGCGUACUCACUGGUCACGCUUGGCAUCGGCAGCAGGCCCCAACUGCUUGCAGCGCUCGGGUGGUCGGCAAGUGCGGCUGGCCUCGAGCUUACAGUCUACGUACAAGCUGUACCCGACCACCAAGGACGCCAACGGCACAUUGCUCUCACGCGUCUCCGGACCAGACGACAAGCCGCUUUGCGAACUCUCUCUCGGCCAGUUUUGGCAGCAGGCAGUAGCCAAGUAUGCAGACCGGCCCGCACUCAUUUCCAAACAUGAACCUGCCUCUCAGCACGGAACGGCAAGCUCUGGCUCGACCGACUGUAUUCGCUGGACUUACGGCUCAAUGGAUGAGCACGUACAAAGCCUCGUAGCUGGACUCCACCAGCUAGGUGUGCGUCAGGGAGACCGCGUCGCAGUUCUCAUGAUGAAUUGCUCCGCCUACGGAGCUCUGCAGUGGGCAUGUGCCAAGAUCGGAGCCGUCCUCGUCACCUUGAACCCUGCCUACAGUACCCCCGAGCUUCGUCGGGCCAUCGAUCUGGUCGAAGCAACCACCCUGUUCAUUGUACCGUCUCUGCGCGGAUCAAACUACCUCGACUCGCUCCUCGAGCUCCUCCCUUCGCUCUCGAGCACCGUCUCCACUUCCGGGGAUCCGAACAUUAUCCAAGACGAAUCUCUGCCCAGCCUGAAACGCAUCGUCAUGCUUGACAACCUCGACAACAGACCGAGACACUGGGAGAGCAAUAGCGUCCUAGCGCAGCAGGGCAAGACUUUCGCGGAUGCCAUGUCUGCACUUCACAAUCGAGCCACCGACUACCGCGACCUCCUCGUCACAUCCAAGUCCGCAGCACCCAAGAUUCAAGUUCUCAACACAGAUGUCAUCAAUCUCCAACUCACCUCAGGCACUACGGGAAAGCCAAAAGCUGUGGCCCUCACGUCGAGAAACCUCGUCAACAACGGCAUCGCCAUCGGUGACAAUCUCAGGUUCACAGAGGCAGACAAGCUAUGCAACGUUCCACCACUCUUUCACUGCUUCGGUCUUGUCCUCGGAAACCUGGCUGCAUGGACCCAUGGGGCCUCGGUCGUCUACGCUGCCGAGGGCUUUGAUCCUCUGAGGUCAUUGCGCGCCGUUUCGGAGGAGCGUUGCACAGCCAUGCACGGCGUGCCAACGCACUUUAUCGCCGAGCUCGAAUUGCUCGAGUCCAUUAGAGAGCAUGCCGAGGAUCCGGGCCGUCAUCCGUUGCCUAGCGGAGUGCACGAGGGUGAAGUGUUUGACUUUUCUUCGUUGCGAACGGGUCUCACCAGCGGCUCUACUGUUCCCAUUGCUCUAAUGCAAGCUCUUGUCAGCCCAGACAAGCUGGGUCUCCGCGAGCAAACGGUCGUCUAUGGCAUGACCGAGACUUCGCCGGUGACUUUUGGAUGCGACGUCGAUGCUCCCAUCGAGAGGCGGUGCGAGACCGUAGGUCGAGUCUAUCCUCAUGUGCAUGCCAAGAUUGUCUCUCCCGAUGACCCAUUGGGCCAAUCUUUACCCGUGGGCCAGCCUGGAGAGCUCUGCACCGCCGGAUAUGUCGUCAUGGAAGGCUAUUGGAAGGACCCGCAGAGGACAGAUGAGGCCAUGGAGCGGCACCAAGACGAGCCUGACAUUGUAUGGAUGCGGACAGGCGACAUUGGUAUCAUGGAUGAAGAGGGCUAUGUGCGCAUCGUCGGACGUUCCAAGGACGUGAUCAUUCGCGGAGGUGAAAACCUCUUCCCGCCCAACAUCGAAAACUGCAUUGAUCGAAUGGACGGCAUUGCCACAAACGCUAUCGUCGCCGUGCCCGAUGCCAAGUAUGGAGAGGCCGUGGGUGUGUUUGUGGCAAGAUCGCACGCAGAUGCGCUCGUUACACCGGCCGAAAUCCGUGCCUACGUCAAGAAACACGUUGGCGGACAGAGUGCUCCUGCUUGGGUUUGGUUCCUCGGCGAAGAGGGCGUUCCUGCCGAGUUUCCAAAGACAGCGUCAGGCAAGAUCCAAAAGGUUGUGCUCCGAGACUGGGCCAAAGAGCUGGCCGCAAAGAAUCAGGGCAAGGUCGACAAGGUUUAG